AUGAAUGCCCCCACUUAUCUAUGUUUUGAAGAGAGGCGAAAGAUAUUAGAAGAAUUAGAAGUCAUCGAGGAUGCUAUUUCGUCCAGACUACGAAGAAAUCCAGAAAUCUUUUACAGAUUUAACGAAGCACUGCAUAAUCUGGGAGUUGAAGCUUGGGCGGUACCUAAGCUAGACGUUUCUGCCAACAGGAUUUACAGGAGCAAGAAAAGCAAACGUUCUAGAAAGCAAAUCAAAGCACAAGAAUAUGAAAUCGCCUUAUUUCUUGGAAGAUAUAGAAGACUGUUGAAAUCUUUGCAAAAGCACAAAUUGAGUGAAGAACAUUUAGAAUACUUUAGGGAUACAAACGCUAGCUUUGAACAGUUUGAAACCGUCACCACAGAAGUAUUAGAGGGUCAAGUAAACUCACGUUCUCUGGUUGAAGUCAAAUCUGACUAUGAGAUGUUUUCUGGCCCUCAAGCUGCCAGUAAGAACAUCAUAUCGCCCAUAGGACAAAUAAUUGAUCUUUCAAGAAACUUUGCUAGAGAUGAAAACUUUGGGACGUAUUUGGAUCUCUCAGAACAAUUCAAGAAGUGGUUGAAUAUCAUCAAGCGUGCGGAUUUAACGAUACUUUCAUUUUUGAAGAUGUUAGAAUCAUUUGAAACAUACGACUACUUACUCAACCCAUCAUUAGAUAGAGACACCAAGGAAUAUAACCAAUUAGUCACUGAGUUACUGAAAUAUUAUAAGGCCUAUUACUCCAAAGCUUAUCCUCUAGUGGACAAGGAAAUUCUUUCCAAAACCAUCCACAAUGGAUUUGAUAAAUAUGUGAGGACCGGUAUCACAGAAUCCCCAUCGAAGGAAAGCGGGAAAAUGUACUCCGUUGUGUUUAAUCGAUGGUUUGAUAGUCAGUCGGAAUUUAAUACUCAUGUUCAAACUGAACAGUUUAAUAUUGCAUUGUCUCGGAAUAGAAAGCGUUUGAUGAAGGAAUACACGUUUCACUGUUUUUCCAAAUUUCUCUCUAAAGUAUUGCAAAAUACAAUAUCAUUCACGGAAAGAAAACUUGCAUUCACAGAUGAAGAGUUUACUGAAGAGCUGGAAAAGCUACAAGAACAAUAUGAAUCACCCAUAUACGCCAAAGAUGAAUCUGAAGAUAAACCAUCUUAUAUUGACAAUGCUGAAGAUACUGCUCAAAAAGAGAGUAUGGAUCCAACGAAUCCAUACAACCUACCAUUAGGACCUGACGGAUUUCCUAUACCUCGCUGGCUCAUCAAAGUCCAAGGUUUAGAUGUGAAAUAUGUUUGCGAGAUCUGCGGUAAUCAAAUAUAUCAUGGGCGUAGAGAAUUCGAGAAACAUUUCCCACUGAAAAAACAUUCAGAAGGUUUGAAAUCUUUAGGCAUAACUCCUUCUCUUGCAUUCAAAGAUGUCACUACUAUAGUAGAGGUGACAGAGCUAUGGAAAGCAUUGCAAGCAAAGAGUACACUAAAGUCAGGUGAACCCUUUUCCAAAAUAUCAACUGUGAAAGAACCGGAAAUGGUACUUGAAACAGAGGACAAUGAAGGUAAUGUGAUGAGUGUUCAAGUAUACGAAGAACUUAAGAAACAGGGCCUUCUCUGA